ACCACACCACACCACACCACGCCAUGGAGAACGACGACGAACCCGUUGUCGGCGGCGGCGGCGGAGGAGGAGGAGGAGGAGGAGGAGGAGCGGAAGUGGCGGGGGCGCGGGAUUGGUCGGAUCUGACGGCGGUGUGCCUCGUGAACGUGCUCCGCCGCCUCAGCCUCGAGGACCGGUGGCGAGGGGCGGCGGCGGCGUGCCGCGCGUGGCGCGACGCGGCGCGCGACCCGUCGCUCCACGCCGCGCUCGACCUCGAGCCCGCGUUCGAGGCCGCGGGCGCCGGGCGCUCCGACGCCGCGGCGUGGUGGACCCCCGCGUUCCAGCGCCGCGUCGACGCCAUGCUCCGAUCCGCCGCCGAGUGGGCCGCGGGGGGCCUCCGCGAGGUCCGGGUCCGGCACUGCUCCGACGACGCCCUCAGCUUCGCCGCCGAGAGGUCGCCAGAUCUCAGAAUCCUUUCUGUUAGGAGCAGUCAGAGCAUAACUGAUCGAUCGAUAAUCAAGGUCGCGACCUCCUGCCGAGUGCUUACCGAACUAGACAUCAGCAACUGCUACGAGGUCUCGUACAAGUCAAUUGAAUCAAUCGGCCUUAACUGCCCUAACCUAACAGUUCUCAAGCGCAACCUGCUGAACUGGCUCGACCCCUCACAACAUGCGGGGAUCGUCCCCGAAGAUUACCUACGAGCAUGCCCUCAAGAUGGCGAUUGUGAAGCUGCCACGAUCGCUAAGUUCAUGCCCAAAUUGAAGCACCUCGAACUGCGAUUCUCGAAAUUAUUAAUAAGUGGGCUGAUUUUAAUUUCAGAAGGGUGCAGGGACUUGGAGUAUUUGGACUUGUUUGGAUGUGCAAAUUUGACGAGCAGGGGGAUUGAGCAAGCUUCUGCCAAUUUGAAGAAUUUGCAUAUAUUACAGAGGCCCAACUUCUACAUCCCGCGAUCGGUCUUUCAUACUGAGAGGUACGGGCACUGGAGGUUAUAUGAUGAAAGGUUUCAAACAAACGUAUUCCAAAUUUAAUCGCCCGUGAAAAAGUACAGUGAUACCGUAAAUGGACCAGGUUUUUAUAAUUGUCUAGAAUAAAGAUCAUUUCAUUGUAACCUGUAUGAAAGCAUUGCUAGCCAAUGUGGACAAAUUGUACGAUGAUAAAAAUUUAGUGUGUAAUCUCUAGUUUCCCUACCGAUUUGCUACGAUGUUAUGCGCCGUUUGUUUUCUGCGGAAGUUGUUGCAGUGUGCAUAGGAAGCCAAGUACAUUUCCUCUGCUUGUGACAAAUUAUAGUCACAGUUUUAUGAUGGUUAUUAUUAUUAUUAUUAUU